AUGACGACCAUCCCAUCGAGGCUCGCACGCGUCACGCAGCAGUCCGGGUCCUGGGACGCUGCCCGGGCACGCACGAGGUCGCUCUACAGGCAGUGGUACCGCGCAGCGCCCGAGAUUGUCUCCCUCUACUCGCUCAACGUCCCCGCCUACUCCAUCCGGGCCAAGAUCCGCGAAGAGUUUGAGCGACACCGCGAGGUGACCGACUUGUCGGCCGUCGACAUCCUCCUCCUCAAGAGCUACCAGGACUUGCAAGAGGCGCUCAACUGCUGGAAGAUGGAUUCUCACAUCAUGCGUUGGUUCUCGAAGGAGGAGCUGCCCCCACGACCGAACUCGUUCCUCGAAUCCUUCUACCUCUCCCGCGACGACUCGAAGGAAAUCCAGCCGACAGCGUAG